UGUUGCGUUAGUUGUAGCUAGAUCAGUGCAGCAAUGUCCUUUUACAAUCAUGCCGUUUUCGAGGUUGGACCCACGCGUGUGAAUCCAGUUCAAGAUUCCAACGGUUGGAGGGAACGGGCUUCAAUUGAAGCAUGCUAUACCAACCGAGCAGCUGGUUGUGUUUGCGCGUCACCUGGCCCAUAUCGAUGGGAUGCUGAGCUUAAAAUAGCAUUUUUUACAUUUGCCUGCAUGUGUGAAACAAUCGACACAAAACCCUCGGAUUACUUGCGAACAGAAAUGGUUGAGGAAGAAACCCCAGAGCCUGUCCAGCCUCCUCCGCGCCGCAAGGGCAAAGUGCCAAAAGACUUUGGCAAGGAGAUCUUGACAGCCGGAGAAAUGCAGCGGCAAGCGCUUCGCCCAUGGAAAGGCAUCCAAGCAGCUGGCAUUGUCAUCAAUGCAAACCAGACCAAGCCGCCAGUUCUCCCAUCAUUUGAGGUGCCAAAUGGAAAACAGACACCAGCAUUGUCUUGUGCCCGAACUGGCACUCCUUGCUUUGAGCAGGUGGAGAUUGAGCGGCAGAAAAGGCAGCGGGCCGAAGAGGAGGUCGAGCGCCUGAGGGCGGAGCUGAGGGCUUGUCGCAGCUGCGCGUCGUCAGCCUCCAGCAAAUCUGGGAGUCGCCCUCCUAGUCGCCAAUCGGCCAUCGGAACUCCACGAAAGGCAACUCCGCAAUGUCGAACAUCGCGGGCUCGGAAACUGGCGGCUUUGCAAUCUCCGAGCCAAUGUGAUGCCGUGGUAUGUGAUUGAUACAAUGGAGCAAAUUUCACUACAUGUACACAGGAAGGGAAGCAAAGAAUGCUUUGCCGAUGUCGCCCGCGUGCUCCGAAGCAACUGCCACUCCUUUUAGCAUGCUUUUCUUGAGUUGCGUAGAGCAGGCGGGCUUGAGGGGGGC